AUGUGGUGUCGACUUCUUGUGAGAUGCAGACCAGCAGCUCAUUCAUCACGAGUCUUACUUCAGUCACUAUCGUCCCAAACACCUUGUCUCGCAUGCACAGCCAAUUCCAGUUCGUAUGUAUUGCGCUCGGCAAGCAUCUCGUCCACACACCACUGCUUUUCCACUCAAAGAGACGAUUCACCAGUGACUGAGGCAACUACAAUUUCCAGUGUUCCAGGUGUUGAAAGCCCAGGUGAUAAAUUUGUCAUGGUUUACACAUGUAGCGUAUGCGAGACGCGGUCAGCCAAGACUAUCAGUAAACAUGCUUACUACAAGGGUGUUGUAUUGGUACGUUGCCCUGGCUGCGAAAAUCUACAUCUCAUUGCCGAUCGAUUGGGCUGGUUUGAGGAUGAUGCGACGGAUGUAGAGAGUUUACUGAAGCAAAAAGGUAAAAGAGUUCGCUUCAUUACGGAAAAAGAUGUGCUCGAGCUCACAGAAAACGACAUUCUUGGAACCAAAAACGAGAAUUAG